ACGGUGUUAGUAGGCACAUCCGGGCACCGCGGAGUCAGCAUUGGUCGGUUAAAUUUCCCAGCGAACGAAGUUGGUAGGAAUUCAUAUUAUAUUGAGAUAUUGAUAAAUAGCUCGGGGUUCGUGCUUGUGACUUGUACCGAAAUUAGGCGUUGUUAGAUGUGAAAAAUGGUGAUUAAUGGAGAAUAAUUUUAUACCAAAUAGUUGUAGGUGAAUUUAACAUACUGAAAAUAAAGUAUAAAUAAGAGUGUGGUUGGGUGUGACGGAUUAUAUUGUAUAAAUUAUACAAUAGUUGUGUCGUGUUGCGUAGUGGUUCAGUCUUUGAUUAUUCGUGGAUUACUCGAGCCAGCCAGCUAGCCGUGUGUGCAGAGAGAAGAGCUUGGGGAACAGCGUGAAACAUUUUUUGCUCCGCCAUUGUAUGUUCCUGCGCGAUAUAAUAUAGUGUUUCGGGGUGUGGAAGAAUCGAAGCUAUAACGUUAGCGUGGGAUAGUAAACGAGCCACCAAGCUAUGCUUGCAUAUUAUUAUGCAAUACACACGCAGCUUCGGUGGCUUUGGUGACGACGACGGCGCGGGAUGUUUUUAUCUUUGUUUUCCCACCCCUUGAAAAAUGCCUCUGUUUCUGUUCCGCAUCGCCUAAUCACGUGGGAGUGCGUCAGAGUAUCUUGUAUUCCCGGUGCCCCGACCCGAGGAACCACCGACAUUUAACCAACCCAAGAAAAAACCGCGUAGUGAGUUUGUGAGUUGAUACAAUGUGUCCCUGCAAGUACUACGUUUCUGUUUCCUAAAUGAAAUCUCAUUUAUUGCUCUGCAGGUACUACAAAGGAUGUUACACCGAUAGCGAUACCUUUUUCCCAACUACCCAGUGAUUGAAUAUCCCUUACUCAUGAAGAGAACAUUGUGUCGUUAUUCCUACGGGAACAACUCGGGGACUUAACGAGUGACUAUUGAACUACGCAGAGUAACUGGCAAGAACUGACUCAGGAUAAGGAGCAAAUACUUAGAUAUAUUGACUGUACAAACAAGAAGAAAAAAACAAGCAACAAAGAUUGGCGGAAUGAAUGAAUGGGAGUAAGCGCAGUCCACGAGGAGAGCAGGCGCAGGUGGGAGCCUCUGGAUGUGGAGGCUGCAGCAGUGGCAUCGUCAGUGGCAGUGAUGGCCCCUGCUCUGACAGAAGGUGGUCCUCAAAAGCCUGAGAAUUUGCUUACUCCUCUACCAAGCAGUGGAUUCCUAUCUCCUUCGCAGGCCUCGCAAGUCUGUCAGAACCGUCAAGUGCUAGCCAAGUUUGUAGUGUCUGCCAAUGUUCAACCCUCCAAAAUUGAUGAGCAGUGCCUGAGAGGGAUUUCUAAGGAACUGAUUCGUGAUGUUAUCAAUUCGAGAUACGCCAACGGCCUGGAUACAUUGUCUGCAUUUUCAAAUAAACCUAACUUGAUCAGUCGAAAAGACUUAGAAGCAGAAAUUGAACACAAAAGCGAAUUACCGGUUGUCUUGGACAGCCUGAAUCAAAAGGUCACUGACAUUAUAAUGAACGACCCAUCUAUGGGUGAUCAACAGGAUAAUAUGGGUUUCUUAAAGUCAAAUAUAGACGCGCCUCUAGCGGCCCCAGAAAAUAUGAGCAACGACAAAACCCUUGACGUUGAGCAAAUGAUGAACUUGAGUGCAGUUAUGCCAAGUGAAAAUGAACAAUGUAGCUCGAGUAGUGUUGGUGAUAUAGGACAAAAUGUAGAGGAGAUUUUGCAAGUGAUCAAAUCUAUGGAAGGAGCUGAAAAUGUUGAGAGUAUACCUGGAGGAAGUCAUGAGCCUGCACCAAGUGGCGCAGAUAGUGUCGAAAUGUUUCCAAUCCCCGAAGGAUUUUCUCCAUUUGAGAGAGAUCUGCUUAACGACGUUGACGUCAUGAGCCUUUGUAAUGAAAAUAUGAACAUUGACGCAGUUGAACAACAGAAGUGUAAUAGUCUCCGAGCCCAACAAGAUGCUGUAGCUCAAAAACAAUUUGAAAGUGAGAGGAGAUGCGCAUUUUUGUUGCGUAGACUUAGGAAGCUUCAAGCUAGAAUUGUUGGUCGGCAUGCAGCAGAAGAAAACACAGGAGUUCUGGAAUCAGCGCAUCAUGGAGUGAAGAAAUAUUUUUUCCAAGAGUUAGCUAACAUUAGUUCAAAGUCCUCAGGUAGAAACUUUCCCGAGAUUAGUAGUAGCCUUAAUUCAUUUUUGCAAAAACUUGAAAAGACUUCCGUUGCCCAAAGUAAUGGGGUCAAUCGACAGCGUGUUUAUUGUCGAUAUUUCGGUGGGGGAUCACGUGAUAAUUUAGGCCCUCCGCCUAGCAGUACCACUAAUCGACAUCCGGUGUUUUGUACACCCCAAGUAAAAAUUCCUAAAAAUGAGGUUGAAAAUGUUGUCGGACCAUUGGCCAGCCAUUUGCGUACCAUUGAAUCCAAACUAGACUCCGACUGUACUGCUUCUAGUAGCGGUGGAGAAAGCUGUGACGAGAUGCAGACUUUUAAUAAUCCUCAUCAGCAGCGACUACCCAUAUCGAAAAGAGCAGCUUGGCGAUAUGCUCAGGAUCGCGCUGGUGUGGCAUCAAGAUGGACUUGGCUUCAGGCACAAAUAUCGGAUCUGGAAUAUAGAAUUCGACAACAUAAUGACCUACAGCGUCAUAUCAGAGCAACCAAAGGCAUGGUUAAACUUGAAAAUAAUGAAACCGUGAAUGGUUACAGCGGCAUUUUGCCAGGAUCCACAGGACGGUGCACCGCACCAGAAAUUGAACCUACCGCGAGUAGAACAAAACCGUUCAUGUGGAGUCAUUACAGAAAACGAAAGUUACUACAAGUUGAUAGAUUACAUGAAGUUUCGAAAAGAGCGGCAAAGGCUUCAACUGUAAGAUGUGAUUGUGAUCAUGUUUUACCAGCAUGUGCAUUGUGUACAGGCCGACAGGAUCCAACACAACCUCAAGAACCAUUCGAACAGCUGUCUAUUCAACAACGAGUCGCGCUUAUUGACCCUGGUUUUCAUUCAGUUUUAUCAUUUUCUGAUGAAAUUUUACAUAGUAGUCACCUAGAGGCUAUAAUGAAAUCUGUGGAAUGGCAACAGAAAAUGUUGAGAGGUAAUAUGCGGACGCCUCGAAUCAAGGAUAAAGAUCAUAUUGAGAGGCGAAACAAGAAGCUGCCUGAGCACAGGGCCAAAUAUACUGCUCGUCUUAAAAAAUCAUCAUCUAGUAUCCUCACUGCAAGAAUAAAGAGAAAGAUGUUGAAGGGAAAAAGAAAUAGGCUCACCAUAGAGAGAAGUCUACAUGGUAUAACGAGAAAAAAGGUAACCAAAUUACCACCAGCUGAAGACAACGAUGAUAUUGGCCCUCAUUCAGGCUCCAGUAAACAUUCUUCUCCAGUGCCUUCGCCUUUACAGCACACUGUUACUGUGGAAAAAAAUCCUCCCAAAGAGAAAUCCUCUAAUGCCCAUGGGCGACUACGGCAGAAUUCAUACGACAUUGAUAACAUUGUGAUACCAUACAGUGUAGCAGCGGCAACUAGGUUGGAGAAGUUGCAGUACAAGGAAAUACUCACACCAAAGUGGAGGCUGUGUGAAGAUCCCACAAAGAUUGAAGUGAAAAAUGGUAUCAUGCAUAGGCCUAGUCAAGAAAGUGAUGUUGAAGAUGUGACAGAUGAAACGAUCGCCCUCAGGCACGAGCGAAGUGAACGAGAAGAAAACAAACGAUUUAUGACGUAUGUAAACAUGCCUCCACAGGCUCGCUUACGUCAUACGCGUCGUGCUGAUAGUCGAGCGGAUAGUGGAGCAAAUACGCCAGAUCCUAUGUCGCCUCAACCAAGUGAAUUUGGUGGUGACGUAGUAUCACCGAUAACAUCGCCUCCUGCCACACCUUUAAAUCCACAGGACAGUGACAACCAACAACAAUUCUCGGAAGUGCAUCGUUCUUCCGCAUUGCAAAACUCAUUCCGCCGUCGUACUAUCUCUGCUUCAAGACCCAGCCGAGAUGAAAUUGGUGGCGUUUUACCCGAAGAUGACAAUGAGAUUAUGUUGACACAGGUCAUACCAUAUGAGCCUCGGACAUUCCCUCUAACAGAAGACACAUAUGAUAAAAUGAUCGAAGUUAUGCCAGAUGGCCACUGGCAAGCAUCGUCGGCAUCAUUGUGCUCAAGAGAUGAAGAGAAAGGGGAAGAGGAUCCCAUUGCACCAAAGUGUAUUGUUUCGUUACAAUCGCAGGAAGCAGAAGUGGAUACUCCGGAAUCUGAUUCAACCGAAUCAGCAUAUUGCGACGUAGAGGGUGAGGAUCCAAAUGAUCCCGAAUGGACAGUAGCUGACGAUAGAGACACUGAAAAAGAGAGAAUUCGCCCUACGGCCAAAAGAUAGGGAACUUAAACGAGUAUUGACAACUGUCGAAUAAAUAAACAGACACACAAACAGACAAAAAAACAGAAACCAUUUGAACCAUUGUUACUAUACGCAGAAGCUACCUGUCAAUUGUUAUACAUACCGUUCGGUAAUGUGACAUGCACCUUAAGUUUAUGGUAUUAUGAAUCUGUAAAGUGUAUUAUAAAUAUAAAUUUUAUAACUUCAUUCUGCUUAUUAAUGGAAAAAAACCUUGAUUAAUCGCUUACUGAAAAUAAUGUCACUGUACUAAUUUGUACGCGACCAAAGCAUUUAGAUUCUAUGAGCAAAUGUCUUCUUGCUUGGUGUGGUGUAUUAGGCAUAAAAGAAUAAAUGAAAAAAAAACCUUGUAACUCCUGUCAGUUCAAGGGCAGUAAAUAACAUUGAUAGUUGCGAUUAGAAUCUCAUCACACAAUAUUAAAAUAAAUUUUGUACAAAAAUGUAUUUAUAUUUGACAUAAUUAAUUGCCUAAAAUAAAAGUGCCAAUUAAAACGUU